GUUUCCUUUUCUGGUUUCUAUGAUGUUUGCUGCUGCAGGAAUUUGUGUUUUCUCAGGAUUUCGUUUGUGUCAAUUGUCAGUUGGUCUAUUGAUUUACCAAAAAGAGACACCCAGCCCCUAUACUCUCUGGAAAGAUGAUGGCGCCUAAUUCCAAGAAAACCAUGUGCCUGGCAACUACAGCUGCUCUCGGCCUCGUCUGCUCCGUUGUUGCAUUCCUCCUGUAUUUUGAGCCUCCGUCUCCUGUUUGCCCAUCUACAUUAGCCGAUGUGAAAAAUUAUGAAGAUGUGAUUCCAGGUGAAAAGCCCGUAGUCCUGCUGUGGUUCUGGCCUCUCGGUGUGAAGUUUGAUUUCAAAGCUUGCUUUACCCACUUCAAGAUUGAUAGCUGUGUCCUGACGGAUAACAGAAACCUGUACAGUCAAGCAAAGGGAGUCAUUUUCUUCCAUAAAAACAUAGCCGGUGAUCUGAAAAACAUGCCGCAGGAGCCACGUCCAGCUUUUCAGAAGUGGAUUUGGUACCAUGUGGAAUCCCCAACAAACACAGGUAGGACACCAGGUCUGGAAAACUUGUUCAACUUAACAUUGAGCUACAGAAGAGAUGCUGACAUUACAGCAAGGAACGAGCUUACAAUCAGGAAGACAGAAAUGAAAGAGGACUUUGUUCUGCCCAAGAAAGACAAACUAGUGUGCUGGAUUGUCAGUAACCAUGACCCAGCCACGGGAACAGCUGUGAGAGAAAACUAUUACAAGGAACUGUCCAAACACAUCAAGAUUGACCUCUUUGGUACAGCCUAUACGGGGAAACGUUUGAGUUAUGAGGAGUAUUACUCAACCAUUGCCAGCUGUAAGUUUUACCUCGCAUUUGAGAACUCGCUCCACAGAGACUACAUCACGGAGAAGGUCAACGGGCCACUCGUGGCGGGGACGGUGCCUGUAGUAAUGGGUCCGUCUAGAGAAAACUACGAGGAGUUCCUUCCAGCCGACUCCUUCAUUCACAUAAAUGAUUUCCCCGACGCAAAGUCUCUGGCUAACUUUCUGCUGUUUAUGACGGACACAGCGUACAUGCGUUACUUUGAGUGGAGGAAGUUCUAUGAGGCAGUUCCUCACCUCUUGUCAAUCUACAAUGAAUUCAUUCAGCCCAUCUGUCUCGCCUGCCACCACAUGUCAAGAGACGUCUAUUACAAUGUAGAUCAUGACCUGUACAAGUGGUACUCAACAUAAGAAACGUCAAUGAGAAGGCCCCCACUUUUCAUUAGUGGCUCAAAUAUGCACAGUAAUACACAUAUUUAAACACAAGCUACUUGAAUAUUCUGCCAUCAUUUGGCACAUUUUAAACACUGUAUUCUGUUUAAAGUUGUUGUUGUUGUAAACUGGCUGAAAUAAGCCCGGAAGUGGUUUGUACAUUUUGUGAAUUUAUUUUAUCUCAAUCGCCAGCAGAUGGUUAGCAUAGCUUAGCAUAAAGACUGGAAACAGGAAAAAAAACAGCUGGCCCGGCUAUAAAUAGUAUCACCGACAGUCAAGCACAUAACCCUGUUUUAAUACUUCUGUUUAACCCCCUGAGGUAUAAGGGCUUUUUCAAAUACUGUACCUUCUUAAAUUUACCCUUUUAAGGUAUUUGCAUAUAACUGACUCCCAUAUGUUUCAUAUCAAAAUGUUCAGAACAAACUCAGCUUUUCGUACAGUGACAGCCACAUUUGUUCUGACGCAAUGUGUAAAGACAUAAUCUGGCGCUAAAGCUGUGUUGCAACACAUUAUGUAACAAAAUGUCAAAAUGUAAUAACAUGUCACUUCAUUAUGUUGGUUGUUGGCGCUUGUUCUUACAAAACACAGCUGUAAGCCUAAACUGGUUUGAAAUAAUUAAAGUAAAACAAAUGUUCAUCCAAGUUGCUACUCAGCAGUUUAUUAUUAGGUGACAGAGUAAAGAAUUUGAGAUGAUGUUCUGUUUCCUAUUG